CAAACAAAAAAGACGAACGCGGCCAAACAGCUCUACAUGUCGCUGCUGAGAAUGGUAAUUUGGACGACGUUGAAAAGCUUAUUGCGAAAAAAGCCAAAGUUGAUUCGACAGACAAACGAGAGCGCAAACCUCUUCAUUUGGCUGCUAUGAAUGGUCACACGAAUGUCGUUGAUUUUCUCAUCACGAAAGGAGCCAAUGUUAAUUCUGAAGGUUACAUUCAUCAGACACCUCUUCAUUUGGCUGCUAUGAAUGGACACAAGGAUGUCGCUGAGAGCCUUAUCAUCAAUGGAGCCAAAGUUGAUGUUGAAGACUUUUAUAAUCGGACACCACUUCAUUUGGCUGCUUCACAUGGUCACAAGAAUGUCGUUGAAUUCCUUAUCACGAAAGGAGCCAAU